AAAAGUGGGGGGAUUGUCACACGGAGCGCAUGAAGGAGAGACCCACAGAGACCGACCGACCCGCCGCCGGUCCGCUCACUGACGCUCUGCUGCAGCCCGGAGACGCAGCGACGAACGAACGCCCUCUAAAGUCCACGCAUCUCGGCGGCAACUGUUCCACACGCGCAACAUCUGGAGCAGGACUGGAGGAGCAGAAAACUGCCCGCAGCUGCACGCUUUUUUCUUUCUUUUUCUUCUUCUUCUCUUCUCACUUUCCUGCGCGACCGGGAGAGAAAGUGCAGCGUCCUCAACUCACGAUUUAGAAGUUGAAAAGAAGGAGAGAGUUUGCCGAAACACGUCACGCUCUCCAAGCGGACCACCAAGAGGGAGGUAAAUGGACCUCCACCGCCCCUUCAAGAUGGACACCUCCUCUUACCUGCCAGCUCCACUGGCCUCCCCUGCCCUGAUGGUGCUUGCCUCCACUGCCGAGGCCGGCCGAGACGCCUCCGUCCCCUGCCAGGCCACCAGGCCCUUCGGUGUCCCCACCUCCAUGGAGAAAGACCUGCACCUCCCCUUCCCCUCGGCCUCUUACACCUUCACCUCCAUGUACCAGCGCCAGGGCCCCAUGUCAGGCACCUUUCCCUCCCGAGACUUCCCAGCCUCUCUGCUCCACCUGCACCCACAGUUCACCCCGCCAAACCUCGACUGCUCCACCUUGAGCAUGCUCAACCACAGCGGGGUGGGCGCCUUCCGACCUUUCUCCUGCCCGCAAGAGGAGAGGGAGUCGGGGGUUUACCACUCAGCCUUCACCCCCGCCAAAAGGCUGAAAAGCUGCUUCCCGGAGGUGGAGGGGAAGGAGUUUGACUUCGGCUCCCCGGGCGGCUCCCUCAAGGAGGACGCGGGGAGGAAGCUGUUCUCCAUGUCCGGCCUGCUGUCGGACGGAGAGGCAUCGUCGAGCCCGGAGCAGCGCAAAGAGCACGGCAAAGUGAAGGGUCUCUAUGACGCUCAGGCCCCGGUCUGUCCGGUCUGCCAGGCCAUUCUGCGACCAGGGGAGCUGCAGGAACACAUGGAGCAGGAGUUGACCGAACUCGCCCAGACACACAUCAGUGCCGCUCCAGUGCAGCAGCACAACCAGCUAACCAGGACGCCGAAGUCUCUGACGCUCUCGCUUCACAUCAAGCGCGAAGGAGGUUCUCCAACAUCGCCCGCUCGAGGAUCCGAGGAUGCCCACUCCGACCGAUACCAGACGUUUCUCCGCGUCCGGGCCAACAGACACACGAGACUAAAUGUCGAUGACCUCUGCUGGUGCAGGUGCUACGUCAAAUCUGCCCCGUUACGCCCCCACAGCGCAGGAGCCCACCUAGACUGCACACAAGCUGUCAGGAUCGGGAAGCUGAAGAGGAGGAAACAAGAAAGCGGACAGGAGGGUUCAGCGGACUCUGUGGCGUUCCAGGACGAGUGGAAUGACAGGAGAAGGGUGCAGACGUCGUCCGCAGUCGGGGGGUUUAAAGGUGCAGUGCUGCUGAGCGCCACGUCUAAAGAAUGCCGAGACAGCGACGCAGACCUGGACGUUGAUGGAGACGACACUCUGGAGUACGGCAGGGCGCAAUACACAGAGACAGAUGUGAUCCCGUGCUCAGCAGAAAACUCCAAGGAGACAAACAACAGUGUGUUACCUGACUCCAGAGUAAGCCUCGAGUUUUCCAAAUGGUCAAAUGAUGCGAGUCCUUCUACCAGCGGUGGGGACAAAGGGGACGGCAGCAUAGCUGGUCUCCCCAAAACCUGCAAGAACUCUGUGAUAGAAACACUCUCAGAGGAUUCCACACUGACAACUCUGGAUGCACUUAAAGCACGGAUACGGGAUUUGGAGAAACAGUUGUCUAAAGGAGACAGAUUUAAAUGCCUCAUCUGCAUGGACACCUACACAACCCCUCUCACCUCCAUUCAGUGCUGGCAUGUUCACUGUGAAGAGUGUUGGCUUCGAACCCUGGGAGCAAAGAAGUUGUGUCCUCAGUGCAACACCAUCACCUCGCCUGGAGACCUGAGGAGGGUCUACCUGUGACGCAGCCACCCACACGAUGACAAGAGGGGCUUCUUCUGUUGGAACCAGUCCGGGGUGGAUUUGUGUGGCAGCUGGCCUGUCACAGACUCCCGUUCUUCAUCCUCCUCCUUCUCCUCACCUCACCUCUCCUACAACUUCCUGCAGUGUAAUCCUAACAACCACUAACACCUGACAAUUUGAAGAGCAGCAGGUGUGACCUUUGACCUUCUUGUACAGCCUGUACGAUAUCCGUGUUCCUGCUGCAACAUCAAAGAUAAAAAAGCAUUUUAAAUCCAACUGAGAGCUCAGGCACUGAAAAAGAAAAAAAAGCAACACUUUGGGACAAUAUUUAUCGAUUUUAUAAUAUUUUUUUCCUAAAAAAAAUAGUUGAAUCACAUGCAAAGCACAUGUACAUAUUUUUUGUGUAUGUUUGGAUCGAUGUGUGUGUUGAUGUUGACUAGCAACCCGACUAUAUUUACUGUACACAGUUUGUCUUUAGUUGGAUCAUUUAUUGUUUGUUUACCUCCUGUAGGUUGAAAACAUUCACAAUCAUCUUAUUAUUGACGUGUUUCUUUGUGUAGGGUCAUUCAAUCUAAUUUGAUCAAUGUUACUACAAUAAAGCGUGUGUCUAAAAAGUU